GAGACCGCAGGAGGCAGCAGCUGCUGACCCCGAGAGCCGCAGCCCUUCUUCCCACCGCGUAGCCCGCCAGGCGGCCUCUCCCACUCGCCGACGGAAUCCGCGGGGCUGAGGGGAAUUUUAAAAUUUCUUGCCUGUGGAGUAAAAUUAUCAAGUCUGGAUUCCAUGUCUUUCUUUGUAAGUAAACCAGAACGAAUUAGGAGGUGGAUGUCUGAGAAGUUCAUUUUUGAGGGCUUGAGGGAGUUGGAACUAUUUGGAGAGCAGCCUCUGGGUGACUCUCGGAGAAAAGCCGAUGAAGCAAGCUCAGAGUCAAUAGCAUCUUCCCCCCAAAGGGACACCAUGAGCAGUUAUCUACCUGACAUCAAUUGUUACCAAUUACUAACCAUAAUAGGGAAGGGCUUUGAAGAUCUAAUGACUGUGAAUCUGGCACGGUAUAAACCAACAGGAGAAUUUGUCACUGUCCGGAGGAUCAACUUAGAGGACUGCACCAAUGAGAUGGUAGCAUUUUUGCAGGGUGAGCUUCAUGUCUCAAAGUUCUUCAGCCAUCCCAACCUUGUGCCAUAUAAAGCAUCCUUCAUAACUGACAAUGAACUGUGGGUUGUUACGUCUUUCAUGGCCUAUGGUUCUGCGAAAGAUUUAAUUUGCACUCAUUUUAUGGAUGGGAUGGGUGAACUAGCUAUGGCUUAUAUACUCCAAGGUGUACUGAAGGCUCUUGAUUACAUUCACCAUAUGGGAUAUGUUCACAGGAGUGUGAAGGCCAGUCAUGUCCUGAUUUCUGCAGAUGGGAAAGUGUAUCUCUCUGGCCUGCGCAGUAACCUAAGCAUGAUCAGUCAUGGUCAACGUCUCAAAGUAGUUCAUGAUUUCCCUAAGUACAGCAUCAAGGUCCUACCAUGGCUAAGUCCAGAGGUGUUGCAGCAGAAUCUCCAAGGGUAUGAUGCAAAAUCUGACAUUUACAGUGUAGGAAUAACAGCCUGUGAGCUGGCGAAUGGCCAUGUCCCCUUUAAGGAUAUGCCUGCAACUCAGAUGCUUUUGGAGAAGCUCAACGGCACUGUCCCUUGUCUCCUGGACACAACAACUAUUCCUCCAGAGGAGCUGACCAUGAAACUAUCACGCUCCGGGGCCAGCACUGGGCUUGGGGAAGGCAUGGCAGCCAGCAGUGCCAGGGCCUCUAACGGAGAGGCAGUACCACAUCCCUACCACCGUACCUUCUCGCCCUACUUCCACCACUUUGUGGAGCAAUGCCUGCAGAGGAAUCCAGACUUCAGGCCAAGUGCAAGUACACUGCUCAACCAUUCCUUUUUCAAACAGAUCAAACGCCGUGCAUCUGAAGCACUUCCUGAACUGCUGUACCCAGUCACACCAAUUACUAGCUUUGAAGGCAUGCAAGCGGGAGACCCUAACCUUAUUUUUGGACUAGUUUCCAAUCUGGAACAGCUCGAGAUGGAUGACUGGGAAUUCUAGACUUCAAACAGAAGAAAGCACAUGAAGUGUAAACGCUCUUCUGGAAAUGUUUUCUACAGACAAGGUUAAUUUAUUUAACCUCCUGCUCCCUUUCUCACAGAGCUGUGAUGAAUGAUAUGUUGUAGUUUACGUCUUCCUUAGGAAGGUGAUCUAGAUGACAUUUCCAUUGGAGUAAGGCCAAGGAGCAGACUGUAGAAGGGGGGAUGCAUGGUAAAGAUAUGGUGCUGGAGACUUUGUCAAGUUAAGAGAUGUCUGCCUUCACAACGAAGCUCAAUUGAACCUGUUUUCCCUGCCAUUCGUUUGCUCUUGCAGGAUUGCUGCUUCCAGCAAAGAUGUCUCAGUGUUCUUUGUUGUAGUUUCCUGAUAAAAAGGGAUGUUCACAUGCUACUUGCAAAAGUACUCUGGUCCAUAGGACCACCAGUGGAAAAUCAGUAGCUUUGCAAGGCAAAGUACAGGUAGCAUUUGCAACAGGUAUAUUCCAUGCAGAGCUUGGACUUGUCUAGAAUUCUUCCCGUCGGCCCUCUACUUUUAUCUGGCUAAGCAAGAUGUGAUGGAAAUAGUAGACCAAUCCUGUGGUGCUAAAAACUGCCAACUGUAAGUCAGAGGAGGCAGGGCUCAGUACUCCGUACUUUUUAUCCAAGCCAGCAUCUCCCAUUUACUGUUAUUGCUCCAUCUGUGGAUCUAAGUAAGACUGAGUGCUGUGCACUCUUUUUUUUUAGUUAAAAAUCUCACCCAUCCUUUCUGCUAGAGAAUACAUUUGACGAUUUACUUAACAGCAACAAGGUUGUCUGUCCCAGAAUAGCUUUCUCCCACUGACUUGUCUGACAUAUGAAGAUACCUUGAGCUGGAUGCAGAUUUAUACAUACUUAAGAAUAGACCCAAUGAAACCAAUGGGGUCUUAAAUUAGUCACAACUAGGAAGCCAGAAUCCCAUUGAUUGUAAUGGUCCUACUUAGAUGUAUGACCAAAUCUGGACCUCAUCCUCUAUAAUCUUCCCACCCCUUUUUGGCAUGAGUGUUGACCGUUGGCUAUGGUUUCUUAUCCUAAAGUGUCCCACAUUGUGUAGUAAGGCCUUUCCUCUCUCCACCCACCCCUUCCACUUUAUGGGCUACUUUCUUCUUAACUAUUUUAACUCCGUCAAGCAUUGAGCCAAACCUCUUCCUGCAUCUGGCUGGCUGGAGCAAUUGCAGGUCUGUGUGUCUCUUAAGCUGUACUUGAACCCAAGCCACACCUGCUCUUCUAGUUGUGUUGCCAAUAAAAGAUUUAUGCACAC